AUGGUUCCAGACCCGCAGCUCUACCAGACUGACUGGCAUCUGUCCAACAAUGUUGGAUUGACGUACAACGACCCCUACUCAAGGAAAAUUCAUCUUUUCACGAUGUCAACAACAGCUAUGAAGAACAUGGGAAUCAAGAAGCCUAUCGACAUCGUUGGCCACUGGGCUAUAUGUGUCAAUGGGUGGGUCUUUGAGUUGGGACGAGACAUAACACAGAAAAAGAAGAAGGACCAGUAUGGAUACAGACCUAUUCAAGAGCUCGCGUUCGUACGGAAAAGGAAAGAUCAGGGUAAAGAUAUCAUGUAUGGCUACAUAGGCGAUCUGGUGCUGCCAUACUCUCCCGGGCAGAUUGAUGAAAUUGCCAAGCUAGUAUGGGAGCUCUCAUUGCGGAAGAAAUACGUGUACGACGAAUACAACUGUCAGGUGUUCAUACGUCUGCUUGUUGAGAUCAUCGGCGACUACAAUGCCCGAGCCAAUUUCCCAGCCUUCCUCGACAAAUGGGUCAAGGGCGCCCAAAACACUCGAGACGGGGGCAGCUUCGCAUUUGCUGCUGGAGCAACGCUCAUAGCUGCCGGACCAGUGCAUGGCUGUUGA